GUCCACCUUUCAACACUUGGCAUUCUACUCUCCUUUCCACUCGUCUUGCUCAUUCUUUCUCGCGGCCCUCUACAUCUUUAGACAAUCGAAACGAAAAGGAGCGCAGCCAUGCUCCUCUUCUCGGCCCUGCCGCUCCUCGCGGCGCUGGCAUACGCCCGCGGCCCAACACCCAAGAACUACGACUCGCACGCCUACUACACCCUCCAACUUCCCGAAUCCUCCAGUGCAUCCGAAGCGACCGCUGCCGCCGCUGCUCUCGGUGCCGAACUCGUCGAACCCCUGGGCGAGCUGGCGGGCCACUGGAUCGUGCGCCGCGCGCAUACGCAGGGAAUAACGGAGCGUUCAGCCGUGGCUUCCUCCGCUGAAGCGAGCGAUCCUGUCCUUGCCCGGUGGGCGGAGCUGCGCCAGCGCCGCUCCUCCUUCGCCGUCCGCGACACAACCGAAUCCGCCGAGAUCCGCGAUGUCGCCCGCCUCGAACGUCGACAGCGCGCCAAGCGGGUGCCCCCAAAAUACACGACCCGCUCCCGGCACAGCUUUAAGCGCUGGCAUGAGCGGCAGGACGAGCCGUCCGGCAUCCCGUUCAACGACACCGAGCUGCUGUUCAUGCAGAACGAGCUGGGGCUCAAGGACCCCGAGCUCGACAUGCAGUGGCACUUUGCCAACCGGCGUGAUCCGCGGUGGGAGCUCAACAUUACCAAGCUGUGGGCCGCGGGCGUGCGUGGCGAAGGUGUCACUGUGGCCGUCAUCGACGACGGGUUGGAUCACAAGCACCCCGACUUGAGGGACAACUACAAUGCUGCCGCGUCGUGGAACUUUAACGACCACGACGACGAUCCCCGCCCCCGCCUCAACGACGAUCAGCACGGCACGCGAUGCUGUGGCGAGAUCGCCGCCGCAUCGAACGACGCAUGUGGCGUGGGCGUCGCGUACAAGGCCCGCAUUGCUGGUCUUCGUAUCCUCUCUGGCCCGAUCACGGAUGCCGACGAGGCCGCCGCCCUCAACUACAAGUAUCAGGAGAACGAGAUCUACUCGUGCUCGUGGGGCCCACCCGACAGAGGCGACAGCAUGGAGGCGCCGAACGGCGUCAUCCUCAAGGCGAUCGUCAACGGCGUCAACAAGGGCCGCGGCGGCAAGGGCUCCAUCUUCGUGUUUGCUGCCGGCAACGGCGGCGGCGCUGGUGACCAGUGCAACUUUGACGGCUACACCAACUCGAUCUUCAGCGUGACUGUUGGCGCGUUCGACCACCUCGGCAACCACCCGUACUACUCGGAGAUGUGCAGCGCGAUGAUGAUCGUCGCCCCGUCGUCAGGUAGCAGCGAGUACAUCCACACGACGGAUGUGGACGGCAAGUGCGCGCACCAGCACGGCGGGACGAGCGCUGCGGCGCCGCUCGCGGCCGGUGUGUUUGCCCUCGCGCUACAGGUCCGUCCGGAGCUCACGUGGCGCGACGUGCAGCACCUCGCGAUCGAGAACGCCGUCAUGAUCAACCCCGACGACGACGACUGGGAGGUCACGGCUGCCGGCCGCAACUACUCGUACAAGUACGGCUACGGCAAGCUGGACGCUGGGAUCUUCGUCGAGGCCGCGCGCAGCUGGGAGCUUGUCAAGCCCCAGGCUUGGUUCCACACCCCUGUAGUCGAGGUGCCGUACACGGAGAUGCCGUCGCGCCCAACAAUCCCCGGUGGUGACGAGUCGACGUCCAACGCGGAGCGCUCCCCCGGCGAGGUGGUGGACACGACGCCCAACGUCACCGACCCCGGCAUCGACAUCCCCCCCACUCACCUCGGCUCGUUCAUCACGCGCGACGGCAUCGAGUCGUCGUUCGAGAUCACACGCGAGAUGCUGGACAAUGAGAACUUUGAGAAGCUCGAGCACAUCACUGUGCGUGUGUGGAUCGAGCACCAGCGCCGCGGGCAUGUCGAGGUCGCCAUCCGCUCGCCGCUCGGACACACGUCGACGCUCGCGCUCAUGCGUAACCGCGACAUGGAUGUGACGGGCUUUGACGGGUGGAAGUUUAUGAGCCUCAAGCACUGGGGCGAGGACCCCGUGGGCACAUGGACGAUCACCGUGCGCGACCAAGGCAACGCGGAGUACACGGGGCGGUUCAACCAGUGGAGCCUGCAGCUGUGGGGGUCAGCGAUCGACGGCGACAAGGCGACCAAGUGGAUGCCGGCCGAGCUGGGCGAGAUGGACGAGGAGAUGACCGGCUCGGCGAACUAUGCGCCGGGCAACAACAUGCCCCAGAAACCCAAGCCGACGGACCACCUGCCCGGCGACCACGGCGAAGCCGCGCCGACAGGCACCGCGGUCCCUUCAGCCGGCGCAGAGACGUCGGCGGCAGACGACAUGUCCGCGGGUGCGGCGUCUGAGGGCGUCUUCGACGGCAUCGACGCGCUGCGCAAACACAGCGCCUGGCUUGCCGGCGCCUUCCUCAUCGUCCUCCUCGCCGCCCUCGCCGGCGCCGGAUACUUCCUCUACCGGUGGCGCAAGCGCGCCGCCGCCCUCGGGCUCGCGAGCGACAACGCGCGCGGCGCAUACGCCCCCGUGGGCGAGGACGUGCCGCUCGCGCGCGUCAAGCGCGCCGAGGAGAGCAAGGAGCUGUACGACGCGUUCGGGGACGGGCCGAGCGACGACGAGGCCGACGAGACGACCGCGCUCAGGUACCACGACCGCUUUUUGGACGACGACGACGAGCACGACGGGCCGGUUGCGAGCGGGUCGGGGUCGGGGUCGGGGUCGGGGUCGCAUGAGCGCGCGCGAGAGAGUGCGCGAGAGAGUGCGCGAGAGAGUGCAGAGGACGAGCCCCCCGCGUACGACGAGAAGGGCAAGUCGCCUGCGCGCAGCGUCGAGACCGCGUCGCCUGUUGUUGGGCCCAGCAAUACCAGCAGCUCGAGUUGGCAGGACGCGGCGGACGACCGCCCGUAGUAGAUUCACUGUAUGCAUCAUAGACUAGCGUGUGCGAGCAGACUAGCGCGUGCGAGCCAGACUAGCGUGUGCGAGCCAGACUAGCCGUUAUGCGCGAGCUCCUCGAGGUCGUCUGGUGUGGCGUCUUUCGGCGUGUCAGGCGGCUUCUGCUUCUGCUGUUUCUCCCUCUGCGUCUGCUUCUGCUUCUUGGGCUCGGGCAUCGUCUGUGGCGGUUCCUCGCCCGGCGCGUCUUGGUCCACCACCGCCUCAUCGACCAUC